CGGCAGUCCUUCCGCUGGGGGAGUUGCUCUGUCGGUGUAAACAGCAUCGAUAGCGGAUUACAGCGUGGUAGCUGCAGCCGGGGACUGUCAGCACCCACCCACCCACAGGAAAGGUAACUUUAUGCUGCUCCCCAAAUGGGACACAAAGUGGUGGUGUUUGACAUUUCUGUCAUCAGAUCCUUGUGGGAAACUCGUGUCAAGAAACACAAAGCAUGGCAGAAGAAGGAAGCCGAAAGGCUGGAGAGGAGCGCCCUGGAGAAGAUAAAGGAGGAAUGGAACUUCGUGGCCGAGUGCAGAAGGAAGGGCGUGCCCCAGGCCCAGUACUGCAAGAACGGCUUCAUAGACACCAACACAAGGCUCCUGGAAAAGAUAGAGAGGAACUCAGUUGCUAGGCAGAGUGCGUGGAUCAAGGACAGAGACAAACGGAGCGAUCCGUUUGUGUUUGAACUUUCAGGGACACAGUGGACGGAGCUCCCGGAUUCGCUGAAGGAGCGGACGCACCUCAAAGAAUGGCAUAUCCACAGCACCCUGAUUCAGAUCAUUCCCACGUACAUCGAGCUGUUUCAAGCCAUGAGAAUUCUGGAUUUGCCAAAAAACCAAAUCACGUGUCUCCCAGCUGAAAUUGGUCGCUUGAAGAACCUGAGAGAACUCAAUGUGAGUUUCAAUCACCUGAAGGACGUUCCCCCGGAGCUGGGAGACUGUGAGAAUCUAGAGAGACUGGACUGCUCUGGGAAUCUGGACCUGGCAGAGCUCCCCUUUGAAUUGAGUAAUCUGAAGCAAGUGACGUUUGUAGAUAUCUCAGCAAACAAGUUCUCCAGUGUCCCGAUCUGUGUCCUGCGGAUGUGCCGCCUGCAGUGGUUGGAUAUCAGCAACAAUAAUCUGAGUGACUUGCCGCAAGAUAUAGACAGGCUGGAAGAGCUGCAGAGCUUCCUCUUGUAUAAAAACAAGCUGACCUACCUUCCUCAGGCCAUGCUCAACCUCAGAAAGCUCACCUUGCUGGUUGUCAGUGGGGAUCACCUGGUGGAGCUCCCGACUGCCCUCUGCGACGCCUCCACACCUUUGAAAUUUGUAAGCCUUAUGGACAAUCCUAUUGAUAAGAGCCAAUGUCAAGACAGCGAUGAAAUACUAGAAAGUGAACAGGACCGCCAGCAUUUUGAUAAAGAGUUUAUGAAAGCAUAUAUUGAAGAUCUUAAAGAACGAGAAGCCGUUCCCAGUUACACCACCAAAGUGUCAUUUAGCCUUCAGCUUUGAUCUGAUCCACCUGAAGACCACAAAAUCUUACCGCUCUGUGCUCUCCGUCUUUGUCUACGCGUUACAUCUUACAGGAAUUGUGGCUUGUGCUGAAGGACAAAGCUAGAAACUACCACCAUCACUGUUAAGGAAAAUAAUUUUCAAAUUUCAAAUGGGGAAGACUGGUAAAUUUGCAUAAUGUUAAUAUUAAUAGACGGAUUUGCAUAUCCUUGUUCUAUAUAAUGCACAUUUAAUACUUUAGGAAAUAUAUAUAUUUAAAUAUAGAGCAGCUAGGCAGCGGUGGCAAUGGCCUUUAAUCCCAGCACUCAGGAGGCAGAGGCAAACAGAUCUCUGAGUUUGAGGCCAGCCUGGUUAACAGAGUGAGUUCCAGGACAGCCAAGGCUGUUACACAGAGAAACCCUAUCUUGAACAAAACAAAACAAAACAAAAACAAACAAACAAAAAUACAGCAUAAGAACAAGUUUUGAAACUGGCUGCAUUGUUUUUAGGAAUCCAGGGCUGGAGGGUUGUAAACAAAAGGAUUCACCACCGUGAAAGUGUUUCAGCGUACUAUCUAUUUCUGUUGAGAGUAAUGCUCCUUGAGUUUAAACCAGUGCUAUUUCCACAUUUUUAAAUUCACUUUGGAAAGUACAUUUUAAAUGGUAUUUUAUUUAUGUAUUUUAGACAUAAAUACAUAAUACAUAGUAAUAAAUUGUAUGUUAUUUAUGUAUUUAAUUGUACUUAACUCUCAGGAGAGGCUGAAGGUAUAAUUUGGGUCUCGAGGGUAGAAAGAAGGGCUGGCAUAUGUACUUCAUUGGACCCUAGGUGCUCAUGUGGUGUGGGUCUGGAAAGGUCCAAAUGUUGUGCUUGGGGAGCCCUCCUGCCCUGACAGUUCUCCUGGUGGACCUGGGACAUCAGAGCAGAGCAGAGCAGUGCCCUCAGUGCUCAUUCCUGGAGGGGUCCACACUGAUGACCCCCUAGAAAGGCUUGCAUGUGGGAACCACGGGAGGGCUUUGCCGGAGUGCAGCUGUGGGCUAGGCAGGGGAUGUUAGUUUGUGUUGGCCAAGGGCUGGGCUCUCUGUUCUUGCACUACAUAGUACCACGGGAAGAGCCGUAUAAAGCUCCUGUUUUUCUACCAAUGUCUUAGACUAGGACGGACAGGAAGCGGCUGGUCAUCUUGAAGACAGGAGGGAAAAUGCACACGCAUCUCUGUGUGUAUAAGUGGACUCACCCAUGUAGUUCCCCCCAACCGCCAUGUGGGGGCAGGGCAGCCACUACAGCCUUUGCAGUGGGGAAGCAUUCUGAAGCUGUGUUGUUAGAUGCCGUACCGUCCAGGCAUGGAACAUGUGGAGUCUGAUGACCCUCAAAAACUAAAUUUUAAAUGCAGUUUACGUAAAUAGUCACUUGUGGCUAUCAUACCGUACAACAAGGCCCAGCCUGCUAGAUUGGGACGGAGGACGUUAUUUGUGAUUUUAAAAGUGGGAGGGGUUGUUUUUACUUUUUCUUACCCGAAGAACUGAUUUGCUCUUAGAUUUAUAUAAUUUAAAAAGGUUACCAAAAUUUACACAAUUAAUUAAAACAAAACAAAAACCCCUAAAACAUAUGGGUUGCUAGGGCUGGGAGCUGACUCAGCAGUUAAAGCUAUGGCUACUCAAAUCUGAGGACCAGAGAAACCCAUGGAAAUCUUAAGUGGGCGUGGUGACCCAGCUGUAAUUCCAAUCUUGGGAAGGAGAAACAGGACGUGUUCAGAGCAAUUGGCUAGCUAACCAAACCCACUGGAAGCUCUUGUUUUGAAUAGGAGACCCUGACUCAGUAAAUAAAAUGGAAAGAUGAUAGAAGAUGAUUCAGACUCAGACCUCUCUGUGUGUGUGCGCGUGUGCGCGCGGGCCCGUGUGCCCUACACACAUGCGAAGCUGUGUAAUGCGUGCAUAUAUACACUCACAGGAAAGGGAAAGGAGAUUAACAUUGACACCUUGGUAUUUUGCCUGUGCCAGUAUUUAAGUCCAAACAUUUUAACCCUUAAUAGAUGUGACAGGUGGCCUCUUCAGGCCAGGGAGAUGUCUCAGGAGAGCGUCACUGCAACCAAACGCAGCAGUGAGAAGUAGGUUAAAAGGCAAAGAGGCAGCAGAUGAGGGCUCUCUUUAGACUUCAUGGCUUUCAAAUUGAUGAGUAGCCCUACUUCGAUGGCUUCAAGAAUUUAUUUCUUACUCAAGUACAUAUAUCAAGAUGUGAAAAUUAUAUGUGAAAAGGCAGAAGUGUAGAAUUUUACACAAAUAGACUGUUCAUAAUUUAUGUAAGAUUUAUUUAAAUAAAAACCAGAUUUUUUUGUGAAAAAACUUCAUCUCUCUCUCUGUGUAUGUGUGUGUGUUCGGGUUUGUGUGGAGCCUAGAGGUUGACGAGGGGUGUCUCUUUGCCCCUGUGUUGAUAUUAUUGUUACUAUUGAGGCAGUAUCUCUCACUGAGCCUGUAAAUUGCUGUUUUCGCUAUAGUGGCUGGUCAGUAACUCCCUGGAAGCUGUCUGUCUCAGGUCCCCAGCACUGGAGGGACUAUGUGACUCCACACCUUGCUUUUCACAGGUGCUGAAGAUCUGAACUCACUUGUACACGAGUGGCAUUGUCUGCUGAGAUGUCUCUGUAGGUGGAGACUGCUUGUUUGUUCCUGACCACCUAGACUCGAAAUAAUCACACAGAAACUAUAUUAAUUAAAACACUGAUUGGCCAAUUAGCUCGUGCAUAUUUCUAGCUAACUCUUACAUUUUGAAUUAACCCAUUUCUAUUAAUCUAUGUAUCACCACAAGGCUCAUAGUUUACUGGUAAGGUUCUCAGGUAUCUGUUUCCUUCAGCAACUACAUGGUGUCUCUCUGACUCUGCCUACUUUCUCCCAGCAUUCAGUUUAGUUUUCCUGUCUAACUCUAUCCUGCCCUGUCAUAGGCCCAAGAAGCUUCUUUAUUCAUUAACCAAUAAAAGCAACACAUGUACAGAAGGGCUUCCCAGAUCACAUCUCUCUAAGUCCCUAAUUGGACUUGUAAAGGCAUCUCUCUCCCCAAUGUCUUUUCCCUAUCACAGAGUAGCUGCAUAUACCUCCAUGGAGACCACUGUUUGAGAAGGCAGGCAUUCAGUUUACUGCUUCCAUCUCACACCCUCCCAGACUGGCAGCAGAGGGUCUGAGCAAAAAUCUUGCUGAGGAGCUCACAGGUUCAAGACUUCCAAAUGAUUCUGAGUCCUCAAUACCUCCAACUCCGUUCCUUCACAAUAGGUUAAAACCAUGCGUGUGUGUGUGUGUGUGUGUGUGUGUGUGUGUGUAGUAUUCAAGUGGGAGUCAUAAGAGUAUUAAUUCUCUGCUGACCAUCGUGGCUCAUAUCUGAGAUUCAAGCACUUGAGAGGCUGAAGCAAGAGGAUUGGUGUGAACAUGUGGCUAGUCUAGAUUACCUAGUGAGUUCCAGACCAACUUCGACUACAUAGUGAGUUCUCAAACCUACCCUAACACACCUACAUGGGAAAAAAAUUAAAGAAAAUUAACCGUCUUAAGAUGAGAACUUUAGUGGCUUUUAGUGCACUUCCAGUAUUGAGA